AUGGAGACAGCCAAAGAGAGCGUUCUAGACCCUGACACGGCUACUAGAGAUCAGUCCAUCUGGAACGACUUCAACCGCGAGAGCUUUGAGCGUCAAACACAAGCGAUCUACCAAAAGCAACAUGUUGCUGGCUGUCGAUCAUAUGCCAAGACCUUCCCGUCCUCCAGAUACGACAAGUCAUACCCACUUUCAUUCGAGGUGGAGAGAAGUCUUGCGGACGACUUCGCGUUCAUUGCCGCUUGUCAGCCCAAAGUGGAGUAUGUGACAGCAGUCACCAUAGAGUUGACCAAAGAUGAGCCCUCUAUACUGGUCAGGCUUGCCGCAAACGAAGGUGUCUCGCCAGACGUUCAAAGCAGCCUCAACGAACUCUUCAGCGUGCUCAAAGGUCACGCAAGUAGAA